AUGGCAUCACCAAGCAACUACUCUGAAUUUCUCCUCAUCUGCUUCCCUAACUACCAGAAUUGGCAGCACUGGCUGUCCCUGCCCCUAAGCCUCUUCUUCCUCCUGGCCAUGGGAGCCAAUGCCACCCUCCUGAUCACCAUCCGGCUGGAGGCCUCUCUGCACGAGCCCAUGUACUACCUGCUCAGCCUCCUCUCCCUGCUGGAUGUUGUACUCUGCCUUACUGUUAUUCCCAAGGUCUUGAACAUCUUCUGGUUUGACAACAAAUCUAUCAGUUUCUCUGCCUGCUUCCUCCAGAUGUUCAUUAUGAAUAGUUUCCUGACCAUGGAAUCCUGCACAUUCAUGGUCAUGGCCUAUGAUCGCUAUGUGGCCAUCUGUCACCCGUUAUGGUACCCGUCCAUCAUCACUGAUCAAUUUGUAGUUAGAGCUGCUAUAUUUGUUGUAGCCCGCAAUGGCCUUCUUACUAUGCCUAUACCAAUACUUUCUUCCCGACUCCGAUACUGUGCAAGAAACAUUAUCAAAAACUGCAUCUGCACUAACCUGUCUGUGUCCAAACUCUCCUGUGAUGACAUCACCUUCAAUCAGCUCUAUCAGUUUGUGACAGGCUGGACCCUACUGGGCUCUGACCUCAUCCUUAUUGUUCUCUCCUACUCCUUCAUCCUGAAAGCUGUGCUAAGGAUCAAGGAGGGUGCUGUGGCCAAGGCUCUGAGCACGUGUGGUUCCCACUUCAUCCUCAUCCUCUUCUUCAGCACAGUCCUGCUGGUUCUGGUCAUCACUAACCUGGCCAGGAAGAGAAUUCCCCCAGAUGUUCCCAUCCUGCUCAACAUCUUGCACCACCUCAUCCCCCCAGCUCUGAACCCCAUUGUUUAUGGUGUGAGAACCAAGGAGAUCAAGCAAGGAAUCCAGAAACUUCUGAGAAGGCUAUAA